AUGGAUUUACAAGAAGCGAUGAAGAAGCAAAACGACGUUGCUCUGUUCCUUGCGCAGAAAGUAAUUUCUGCCGAACCCAAAAAUUCUAACCUCGUCUUCUCACCGGCAUCUAUCAACGCCGUUCUCGCCAUGGCCGCUGCUACCUCCGACAAUGAAACACUAAGAUCCUGCAUCCUCUCCUUUCUUAGGUCUUCGUCCACCGACGAACUCAACGCCACCUUCCGUAAAAUCGUUUCGCACAUCCUUGUCGACGGAAGCAAAAGAGGUGGGCCAAAAAUCGCGUCGGCUAAUGGAGUGUGGAUAGAGCAAUCACGUCCGUGUAGUCCCGCGUCGAAGGAUCUCUUUGAGAAUUUCUUCAAAGCUGAGUUUGCUCUAGUUGAUUUCCAAUCCAAGGUUAGUUUCUGA